AUGGGCGGUUGUUGCUGUUGUGCUUCUAAGGAGACUGUGUUGAGUGCUCCACCUGCUUACUAUUAUCAGUAUCCAAGAGCAUCAGAUGAGCAUGUUCCACUAUCUUCUCAUCAAGUCGGUGCCACUCAGACUGCACCUGUGGCUCAAGAAAUUUGCUGUGACAAGAACAACACAAAUUCUAACUCAGUUCAAGAACCAUCUGGAGACAAUAACGCAACCCCACCUAAGUCAGAAGAACUGAAGGAAUCAGAAUGCAAAGGUCAGACUGAUUUAGAACUAGACUCGGCAAAGGAUUCUGAAAUUGAACUUUCAAAGUUGGGCGAACCUAUAAAUUUAGUAGAAGAAGAGGAUGGAUGCCCGAUAUGUUUAGAAGAAUAUGACGAUGAGAAUCCAAAACUCACCACAAAAUGUGAUCAUCAUUAUCACCUUGCUUGCAUUCUGGAAUGGAUGGAAAGAAGUGACACUUGCCCUGUCUGUGCUCAGGCCUUGGUUUUCAGCCCUCCCAUUGAGUAG